AUGCGCACCUCGAGAGCUUCUAAAGAGACCUCAAGAGUCUUGCAGGCCCUUGCAUCUCCUCCGCGGCGCCAGACACGAAGCAGAACAUCGCUUAACGCGAGUGCCUUGCGCAACUCUGCCUUCAAUGGCGAUUCGACUAUGAACGCCGAAUUGAUUCCGACAAUCGCCAGCAUUCCACGUGAUAUGGAUGAUGAUGAAUCUUCAUUAUCAUCGGCUAAUACCACUGACAUCGAAGACCUCCUUUCUCCGCCUAAGAAACGCCGGAAGCCCAAUGCGAACACUAGUCCCCUGCCUGUCCCCCGUCGCGUCUCAAACGGGCUGCCUCGACAGAUGAAUGUGCAAGAUGAGCCCGAGGAGAAGACAAAUUUUGCACAAUGCACGACACCACGCUCCACGACACGACAUUCAUCAGCGCGGACUACUCGGAAUGCCCGCUCUGUCGUGGAGUCGCCAUCCAUCAAGUCUGAGCAGCCGAUCGUGAAAGAUGAACCAGAGGAAAAGAAAGUGCUCCCACAAUCCAAAGCCCGACGACUGCCAGCACGCCGGACUCGGAAUGCCGAGGGAUCUGUUGUCAUGGAGCCGCCGUCCAAUUGGGAGGUGAUGUACGACACAGUAAAGAAGAUGCGAGAGGAUAACCCGACAGCACCAGUCGAUACCAUGGGCUGCGCAGAGCUCUACUGGCGCGCAUCCUCGCCUAGGGACCGCCGUUUCCAAACCCUGAUUGCACUGAUGCUUUCAUCACAAACAAAAGAUACGGUGACCGCCGUUGCCAUGCAACGCCUGCACACCGAACUUGGACAGCCUGUCAUGAGUACCGAGCCUACUGGAGACAUGAAAAUCAAAGCCGAAGACGACGACACGCAAAUGGUAGAGUGUAAAGAACCAGACAGCACGCUGAAUUUGGAAAAUAUUCUUGCCGUCUCACACGAAAGACUCAACGAACUGAUCCACACAAUUGGCUUCCACAACAACAAAACAAAGUAUAUCAAAUCUGCUGCUUUGAUCCUCCGUGACCAAUACGAUGGCGACAUUCCAUCCACCCCAGAGGGGCUGAUGUCUCUCCCUGGUGUGGGUCCCAAGAUGGCGUACCUAUGCAUGAGCGCCGCAUGGGGUAAACACUUGGGUAUCGGUGUGGACGUACACGUCCACCGGAUUACAAAUCUAUGGGGCUGGCAUCAGACCAAGAAUCCAGAGGAGACACGCAUUGCUCUACAGUCGUGGCUGCCCCACGAGAAAUGGCAUGAGAUCAACAAGUUGCUCGUUGGUCUUGGACAGACGGUAUGUCUACCUGUGAAGCGCAGAUGUGGGGAGUGCUACCUUGCUGGCACAAAGCUUUGCAAAAGCGAGGUCAAGGGAUCAGCGGCUCAUCCCAGGCCGGAUCCUAAGCGUGAGGAACCAAGGAUCAAGAUUGAGACGGUUGUUGAGGCGGUUUCCGCUCCUGAUGAGCCGGAGAUUAAGACAGAGGCGGCUGUCAAAACUGAUCCCAUGCUCGGGGAGCGGAAAGUGAAGCUUGAGAGUGUACCAUAG